AUGUACAGAAACAGGACAGUGCUCAGUGAAUUCUUUCUAAUAGGAAUCCAGACCCAUAAUGUUCCUUCUAGAAUCCUCUUUUUUGCGAUUUUGCUUUUUGUCUAUACGACGACUGUAACCGGAGACUUCUUGAUCUUUGUUCUGGUGUCAACAAGUCAACGCCUUCAACACCCAAUGUACUUCUUCAUAAAACAAUUGUCUUUGUCAGAAAUAGUCUUCACCACAAACAUUAUCCCUAACAUGUUGGGUAUCAUUUUACUAAAAGGUGGCGUGAUAUCUUUUGUCGGCUGUAUUUCACAAUUCUACAUCUAUAUCGCCUCAGGGAGUGUGGAAUCUCUUCUUCUCACCGUUAUGUCAUAUGACCGAUAUUUGGCCAUCUGUCACCCAUUACAGUACACCUACUUGAUGGGUCUUCAACUUUGUCGUAACUUAACUUUUUUAUGUUGGACUUCAUGUUUCUCCUUGGUUCUCAUAACCAUUAUUCUUAUAUGUCGACUGGAUUUCUGCGGCCCUAACGUCAUUGACCAUUACUUUUGUGAUUUUGCACCCCUGGUAGAACUCGCUUGCUCAGAUACAACAAUCUUGCGAAUGGAGGUCAUUGUGCUAUCCAUCCCAAUAGUCUUGUCCACGUUUCUCUUCAUUAUUGUCAGUUAUAUCCGUAUCUCCACAGCUAUCUUAAAAAUAUCGUCCAACAAUGGGAGACAGAAAGCUUUCUCCACUUGUAGUGCCCACUUGGCAUCUGUCUGCUCAUAUUAUGGUCCUCUUGUAGUUAUUUAUCUUGUACCUUAUCGAAAAAAUUCCCUUAACGUUAACAAAUUUUUGUCGAUUUUGUACACGGUUGGGACCCCAUUUUUUAACCCCUUAAUCUACAGUCUGAGGAACCAUGAGAUCAGAGAUGUAUGGAGGAAGUACUUUAAUGUGGCCAUGGCUUAG